AUGGCCUCCAACGGCGGCGCACCCUACCCUUGGCCGCCGCCGGCGCUGCCGCCUAGCGAGUCUUACACCUGCGAUUGGUGCGGCGCGACCUGGGGGUCGAAGCAGGCCCUCGGGGGCCAUAUGUCCAGUGGCUACUGCAAGAACGCUCCGGCGAGGCAGCCCCUCCCUCCUCCUCCUCCACCUCCACCUCCACCACCCCGUCCGAGGAAUGUCUCGAGGCUGCUUCCACCCAACCCGGCCUUCUGGGCGGAGUACCGCCGGGGCGGACAACGUCCGGUGCAGAUGAACUUCCUCGGCCUGCCGGCCACCCUGCUCAACGACGACGAGCCAGAGCCCUCCAACAACGUCGCCGUGGAGCCGGAGGUGGACGACGACGCAGAGGAUGGAUCGGUGAGCCCUCUGAACCUGAACUUGGGCCUCUGA